AUGGAGGUCACCGAUCUACGGGCUGAACGGGACCAGGCGCAGGAGAGAUUGUCCAACAUUGCGUCCCUUCUCCCUUCCGCUCUGGGCCACAAACGAGCACGCUCCGAGUCCGAGUCUCCAGCCCAGUCUGCCCGUGUCUCCAAGGCCGCUCGAUCGACUUCAGGUCUCUCCCAAGCUGGCGCUUCGAGUCAUGCCCCUGCGUUUAGAUCCUCGAUCGAGGUUCUGUCUGCCGUGGCUACCGGCCAGACGGCUAAAAGGUCGGUGUCAUCUCCUUCAUCCACUGGUCCUCCUGAUCAUCUUCCUCGAUCUGUCCGAUCGACUGCCAAGAGUGACAGCGGAGGUGUUUCGUCGUCCCUUGCAGCUUCUAAGGCAGGCGCGCCUUCUGACGAUGGUGAGAGCUCUUCCGGCGAAUCCGGUUCAACUCGCGUCUUUGAUUCAGACGCCGCGGGAAACGAUAGUAGUCUUUCGGAGUCGAAUCGCGCCAAGAACGAAUUCGGGAUGCCAUCUGGUCCUCUAUCGGACGUUGGGCUGACUGCUUUGCCGCCUACCACCGUUCCCCGAUCGGAAUGGCUUCCCGAAUAUUCGUCAGACCAGCGUCGUGGAGAUGGAUGCGGAUCUGCUGUUUCAUCGCUUCACCAAGCCGAUGGAGUGGCUAAUGCUUGA